GUCUCAUGUUUUGGUUUGGGAGCUAGCAACUAACGGCUAGCAGCUAACGGCUAGCAGCUAUUAUACGGCUAGCAGCUAACGGCUAGCAGCUAUUAUACAGCCAAAAUACACAUUUGAAGGGUACAUAUGCGGCUGUUUAUCCUCCUCACACCGGGGAAACGUUAGGUAGAAGAGGUCUUAUGACGCAGCUACACCGCGUUAGGUGAAAACAUUUAGAAAUCUAUCUUUAACCAGCUCUACAAAGUGACUCUGUGUUAUCUGGGUCUGUUUCCAGCAGCUAUCCUCCAUGGGAACCGACCAGUCGGAGCUGCCGGAGGAUGCGGUGGGCAGGCGUGUGUCCUGCGGAGAGGAGCGGGCCACGGUGCGGUACGUGGGCCCGAUACCACCCACGAUAGGGCUGUGGCUGGGUGUGGAGUGGGAUAACCCUGAAAGAGGAAAACACGACGGCAGCCAUGAAGGAGUCUCAUACUUUACAUGCAGACACCCGACAGGUGGCUCCUUCAUCCGUCCAGGGAAGGCCAGCUUUGGCGUGGACUACCUGGCUGCUGUCCGACAGGUGUAUGGGAUGGACACAGAGGAGGUGCUGAGUGAGGACGUCUCCUCCUCCUCCUCCAAAAAGAUCAAGUGGUUCGGCAUCAAGGAGCGCAGUUCUGAGAGUCUGAAGUCGGUGUUGCUGAACGGCAGUGAAGUGAACGGCUGCGGGGCCGAUGGGGAAAUCAGGAAAACAACACCCAACGUGGAGUGGCUGGACCUCAGUGGGACGCUGCUGUCCUGCUGGGAGGACGUGGCCUCCAUCACCGAGCAGCUGGUCCGACUGGAAGGCCUACAGCUCAGCUCCAACAGACUGAGUUUGCCCUCUGACUGCUUGGCUCACCGCCAGGCUUUCUGCAGUCUGAAGGUCCUGGUUCUCAACAGCAGCCAGCUCACCUGGCCACAGAUCCUGCAGAGCGCCCUCAUGUGGCCACAGGUGGAGGAUCUGAGUGUGGCUGAAAACAGCAUCACAGAGCUGCAGAGGCCAGAGGGAGUUCUGCAGUCCCUGAAGAGUCUCAACCUGUCUGGUAAUCCUCUAGAGCAGGACAGUGUGAUCAGCAUUUCAGCUCUGCCCAGACACCCGACAGGUGGCUCCUUCAUCCGUCCAGGGAAGGCCAGCUUUGGCGUGGACUACCUGGCUGCUGUCCGACAGGUGUAUGGGAUGGACACAGAGGAGGUGCUGAGUGAGGACGUCUCCUCCUCCUCCUCCAAAAAGAUCAAGUGGUUCGGCAUCAAGGAGCGCAGUUCUGAGAGUCUGAAGUCGGUGUUGCUGAACGGCAGUGAAGUGAACGGCUGCGGGGCCGAUGGGGAAAUCAGGAAAACAACACCCAACGUGGAGUGGCUGGACCUCAGUGGGACGCUGCUGUCCUGCUGGGAGGACGUGGCCUCCAUCACCGAGCAGCUGGUCCGACUGGAAGGCCUACAGCUCAGCUCCAACAGACUGAGUUUGCCCUCUGACUGCUUGGCUCACCGCCAGGCUUUCUGCAGUCUGAAGGUCCUGGUUCUCAACAGCAGCCAGCUCACCUGGCCACAGAUCCUGCAGAGCGCCCUCAUGUGGCCACAGGUGGAGGAUCUGAGUGUGGCUGAAAACAGCAUCACAGAGCUGCAGAGGCCAGAGGGAGUUCUGCAGUCCCUGAAGAGUCUCAACCUGUCUGGUAAUCCUCUAGAGCAGGACAGUGUGAUCAGCAUUUCAGCUCUGCCCAGACUGGAGAACCUGAUUUUGUCCAACACCGGUCUGUCUGUCCUUCGACUUGAAGAUGCUGCUCCUGGGUCUCAGACAUCCAUGUUUCCUGCUCUGAAGAAACUCUACCUGGACAACAACAACAUCACUGAGUGGGACGUGGUGAACGAACUGGACAAACUUCCCAGUUUGGUUCAGUUUUGGUGUCGUGGCAACCGACUGGUGAGCAGCGAUGGAAACCCCAGAACAGCCAAUCAGAUGCUGAUCGCCAAACUGGGACAAGUGGUGACCCUGAACGGCUGUGAGAUCCACCAUGAGGACAGGAGGGGGGCGGAGCUUGACUACAUCAAGAUGUUUGGAGAGGCGUGGCUGAAGGCAGGGGGGCGGAGUCAGAUCAGCUCUCAGUUCACCUCCCAGCAUCCUCGUUACCAGAAACUUAUCGACAAGUAUGGAGCUCCAGAAGAAGGUGAGCUGAAGAAGAUUGAGCCCUUUGCACUGAAAAAUCAGCUCUUAAAGAUUACGUUUGUGUUUCCUGAGGACGCUGGCCGGAAGCCGAUCGAGAAGAAACUUCCAGCCUCCAUGUUGGUCCAGAAGGUGAAGGGCCUCCUGUACAGACUGCUGAAGGUCCCUGCAGCAGAUCUGAAGCUCACCUACACCAGCCCCAAGAUGGUGGGAACAGAGUUUGAGAUCGACAGCGACCUGAAGACACUCCAGUUUUACUCCAUCGAGGACGGAGACCAGGUUCUGGUCCGCUGGUCCUGACCCAGACCAGGAGAACCACGACAGAGACGGAACAGAGUCUUCUGAUGGUGAUGGGGUUCUGUUUUCCAUCCUUAUUGGAGGGGAACAACAGACUGACACUGAGUGGAGGAUCUACUGCAGGAGCUUCAGAUGUUUCCGUCAGACUGGGAGAGACGUGUUCCACAGUGGACUGUAGAAAAUCACUGCAACAUAUGGGAUUUAAAUGACUUCAUGAGCAGCAAAUUCACUGAGAGACGGAGGUUUCGGCUGUAAAUAGUACUGACGAAGGCUUAAAAAGGACUUUUAAAUGCUCUAGAGUGGAACAAGUCAUAUUAAAACCACCCCACCUCUCUGUAGAUGCCCUCUGAAUGGGGCUUCUGGCAUUCGGUGUUUAUUCAUGCAGCAACUUUUCUACCACAGCCGAAAUAAAAAUGAUAAUAAUUCUGUUUUCUGCCGCAUGCUGAUUUGUCGGCUUGAUUUUCCUUUGGAUUAUGUUAUCAGUCAUCACAGAAUCAUGGAGGUAACCGGUGAAAUAAAAACUUAAUAAACCAGA